AUAAUUAUUGACCGUGACCUUUCAACAUGGCCGCGCCCUGUCAAGUUAUGAAAACACUUUGAACAUUUCUUCACAUUUGUUCACCGAGUUUCUAGAUUUCAGUAAGCCAAGAGCUGAUUGCAUGUCAAACAUGUUGCGUCCCCUGAUGAACUCCUCCCAUAUAUGCAAGCGUUUUGCCAGUACUGCAGUAAAAGAUGCCAGGACUAGGGCUUUGAUUGACAAAAUAAUUCGUGUCGAUCAUGCUGGAGAGCUUGGGGCUGAUAGAAUCUAUGCUGGUCAACAUGCAGUCCUUGGUAAAACACCUGUGGGGCCUUUGAUAAAGGAAAUGUGGGAGGAGGAGAAAUAUCACAAAGCUACCUUUGACAGACUUAUGGCAGAGAGGAGAGUCAGACCUACAGCUCUUCUGCCUUUGUGGAAUGUUGCUGGAUUUGUUCUUGGAGCCAGCACAGCCAUGUUAGGAAAGGAAGCAGCCAUGGCCUGCACGGUGGCUGUGGAGGAUGUGAUAGGUGACCACUACAACAGCCAGAUCCGGGAGCUGAUGGAGGAUGAUCCGGAAAAACACAAGGAAUUACUAGAGAUUGUCAAGAAGUUUCGAGAUGAUGAGCUGCACCAUCAUGACACAGGCUUAGAGCAUGAUGCAGAGAAGGCUCCUUUCUAUUCUGCACUGACUGAGGUGAUCAAAGUGGGCUGCAGGGGUGCCAUUUGGAUAUCAGAAAAGAUAUAGUUUCGUUUUCUCCUUGUUCAUUCUUCUGAUAGUGGAGGAUCUACUCAGACAAGAGUUCUUCCUAUUUACAGACAGCUUUGCAAUUACCACAUGCUUUUACUUCUAUUUUAUGUAUGUGAAAUUUGAUUAUAGUAUAGCGUAUGGUUAAUAUACUGGACUUCAAACUUCUGACUUUGAAGUCCAACAGCUGCCUGUUGAUGAGGAACUCAGCAAUGUAUGACGUUAACUCUCUUACUCUUUUUUGGAUACCGAUAGUCGGAGUCUCUGAACCAGGCACGUGACAUCAUUGAUUUACUGAUGGCGUCUGCGCAUGUCAUAGGCCUAAUGGUCUAAUAUCUUUGAACAAAAAUGUUUUGUUUUUGUCUGAUGAAUAAUUUAAUACGUUUUUACAACUCUUCACUAUCCCACACAUCCAGAACUUGGAAGUCGCUCUUUUUCAAAAUCAUAUUCUUUUUCAGGAAAAUGACAUGCUGUAAAGUGUUCUGUGAAGUAAUAAUUACAAAUAACACCUUGCUAGUUUUCAAAUGUAGGAUGAUAAUCUCAUAGAGAGUGGACUUGUAGACUUACAUUUGCAGUGACUAUUCUAAUGGAAGGAUACCCAGAGCAGGAAAGACACUUUGCUAUUUCUCCAAUAAAAUUUGAAGCUAAACUUUUAUUUUUCUCUCUUUAUAAAAUAUUAUGGCUUUCGUUAUUACAUGUUAAAUUUUGUUUCCGAUUGCGGAUUCAUGUAUGUGUGUCUGACCGGAGAGUGUAGUGUAAUGAAAGGCUGCCAGUGAAAGUAAUGUGUUUGAACAAAUCUGACCCGCACGAGAAAAUGUGAUAAUAAAUUUUGAAAAUACAAUUCAUUACUCAUCCA